AUGGUUCCUCAGAACCUUUCUCUGGCGCUAAUGUGUGCACUGAGUGUCUGGACAACAGCUGCAGCCUGUGGUGAUGGACAGAGGCUGGUAGAUGGCCGAUGCUGUGAACUGUGCCCCCCAGGUACGUACAUGGAGGGUUUUUGCUCACAGAAAGUUUGUCUCCCCUGUAAGAAGGGCUUCUUCUCGCACAAGUAUAACUUGUUUGACACUUGUGAGGAAUGUCGGUCCUGCCAACAAGAUGUUUCUGUGAAAUGUACACCGACCACAAAUACAAACUGUUCGUGCCGCUCUGGUUUCUUGUGUUCCAACAAUAUCUGUUCAAAGUGUGAAGAAAACAAAUGUGUCAUAGGGGAAAAACUGAACAGGACAGACAAAACCUUGGAUGACGGAUUGAUAAAGUAUUUAUAUACGUGUGAGCCUCAGCUUGAUGUUUCACCAGAGACGCAGAGAGAAGGAAUGGACUCCAAUCGUCUGACCCUUUGCAUCGCCAUUGUUUUCCUUUCUCUCACCCUCGUUGUGUCUGUGUUUUAUGGCUGUAUGAAGAACCGGGGGAAGCACGUAGCAUAUAAUCCUGAUGAAUUUUUUGGAGUCUCCACCAAUGCGAGUGAAUUUCACCUGUCAAAGGAGGAGAGUGGGCUUGAGUUUAUCAUGCAAGAGGAAUCCAAGACCAGCAACAGUUUGAGCCUUCAAUGUCUGUAAAAAGUCACCACUUGUUGGUAACAAGUGUAAAAUGACAUGAUGAGUCUGUUUACCAAUGAUGUUGGUGCAAUGGUAUAGAGAAACCGAUUAAGGACAGAGAUGCACACUUGUAAUUAAAAGGUCCCUGGGUUGACCUCCAGCAGAAAGCUAAAUACCUUAAUUUGUCUGACCAAUAUAUGAAGGUUUAAUCAUGAAAGUUUGAAACCACUAUCAGACAUAUUUUAUUUUAGACGACCCAAGUCAUUCAUUCAGAGUUUUGGAUGAGAGUAGUUAUUUUUUCUUAUUUUAUUCAAAUAAUGACUAACUAAAAGGCUUAAAGUUGGGUUAGGGUUUUUGGAUAAUUUUAAGACACAUUUCUUAAAAAGUGACUGAUAUAUUUUAAUGUCAAUUUUGAUAGUAUAUCUUAUACUGUUCUAACCCCUUCAAAAAUGAUUUCCCUGAAAUCAGGAGUUUGACCCCCUUUGUGUGUUUGUUUUGGUAUCGAUGUAUGCUUUAAUGUAGGGACAGUGAACAAAGGUGGAUAUUAUAAUUAUAUUCAUGGGAUUUUUGUUUUUU